UCUCUCUCUCUCUCAUAAUUCGCCAUCCCCACCAUAUAUAAACCUCCUUUACCUAGCUAGCUUAUCAUAGCCCCAAAACCCCCCCAUCUGACUCGAUCUCUAACACUAAAACUUACAGACACGCACUUUUCUCCUCUCCAACCAAAAAACAUCAAAUCUAAUGGCAAGCACAGAGCCUGAACACCAGCACAGAGAAGACGAGGAAGCCCCAGCCGGAGAUGACGAAGACACUGGUGCUCAGGUCGCUCCGAUCGUCAAACUCGAAGAAGUCGCCGUCUCUACUGGCGAAGAAGAUGAAGAUGCGAUUCUCGAUCUGAAAUCGAAGCUUUAUAGAUUCGAUAAGGACGGGAAUCAGUGGAAAGAGAGAGGCGCUGGUACUGUUAAGUUUUUGAAACAUAAGGAGUCUGGAAAAGUUCGUCUUGUUAUGAGACAAUCUAAGACUCUCAAGAUCUGCGCUAAUCAUCUCGUGCUGCCCGCUAUGUCAGUGCAGGAGCACGCAGGGAAUGAGAAGUCGUGUGUGUGGCACGCAACGGAUUUCGCUGAUGGUGAAUUGAAGGAUGAGUUGUUCUGUAUUCGUUUUGCAUCUGUUGAAAAUUGCAAAACCUUUAUGGAAAUGUUUCAAGAAGUUGCUGAAUCCCAAAAGGGCAACGAGGAAAACAAGGAUGCAACUGCUACUGCGGAUGCGUUGGAUAAGUUGAGUGUUGAAGAGAAGAAAACUGAGGAGAAAGCUGUUGAAGAGUCACCAACUGCAGCCAAGGAAGAGGAAACUAAGACCUCUGAAGAUAAGAAAGAGGAGAAGCCUGAUCCCUCAACUUGAGGGUUGAUUUGUUUGUUUUCUCAUUCCCUUGGCGGUAUGAUGAAGUUGGGUGUCAACCACAUGUCUUGUCCAUUUUGACAAUUUUCUCAUGCUCUUGAAAUUUGUUGGACCUGGUUUAUUGGUGAUGAAUGGUUUGUGGUCCUAUGCAUUCUGCAGUUUGAUUCUGCUAGCUUUUGGUCAAACUUUGGGUCAUGUUUGCAUGUUGAGGGUUGUGAUUUUGUGGUCUGGGUAUUGUCAAGGUUUUCAGGUAGGGUUUUGUUCUCAAACAAUUGUUUACAAGUCGGUUAUAAUUGCUUUGGGGUGGGGUGGGGUGGGGUGGGGGUUGAAGUUUCUUUUUUUAAAAAAAGAACAAAAUUGUUACAGGCAAGUUUUUAUUGGGAUAUAAUUCCUUGAGCUGUGCAGUCUGAAUUAUAUUAUCUUUAUAUCAUGGGCAUGAUUUGUGUGCUACUAUUAAUGUUGUUGAAA